CCUUGUAGCAUCGGUGGCUGACGUAUAGUUAAGGAUUCAUAUGAGUCACUGUAGGGAUCAACGUUUGAAAGUCAGCAUACAAGUUUAUUUAACUGCAAAUACUUAAGACCAAAUGGGAGGAAAGAAUAAACAGAGAACGAAAGGAAAUGUUCGGCCGUCCAGCAGUGGUAGAGCCGCCGAGCUGCUGGCGAGAGAGAGGGGAGCAGUGCCUGGGUUUGUGGGUUUUGGCACCUCGACUUCAAAUGACCUGGGGUAUGUUCCCGCUGUCCACGGAGCAGAGGAGAUAGACAACCUCGUAGAUGCUGAUUUCCGUAUGGUUUUGCGAAAACUAUCCAAAAGAGAUGCAGUCACCAAGUUAAAGGCAGUGCAAGAAUUUGGUACAAUGUGCCAAGAAAGAGAGCCAGAGAUUGUCAAAGGUGUACUCCCUUACUGGCCGAGAAUAUACUGCAAAAUCUCAGUGGAUCAUGACCGUCGUGUUCGGGAAGCUACACAGCAAGCAUUUCAACAGCUGAUUCUUAAAGUCAAGAGGAACCUUGCCCCUUACCUGAAAAGCAUCAUGGGAUACUGGCUGAUUGCUCAGUGUGACACCUACUCCCCCGCUGCCUCAGCUGCAAGCCUUGCAUUUGAAGCUGCCUUCCCCCUCAACAAACAGGCAGAAGCUCUUGGAUUUUGCAAGGAAGAAGUCCUCAAUAUCCUUCAGGACAACCUGUUGAAAGAAACCCCAGAUACUCUUAGUGAUCCUCAGACUGUACCAGAGGAGGAGAGGGAGGCCAAGUAUGUCCGCCUGGUGACCAGCUCCUUGCUGGCCUUGAAGAAGCUGCUGGCCACCCUGCCCCAGCAGGACCUGGACUCUCUGUCUGAGCGGCUUGCCCAUCUCAUUGCUCAGAGCAAGUUUUGGAAGUACAGCAAGCACAAAACGCCACAGAUCAGAGGAGCCGUCUUCGAGGCUGUGGCUACUCUGUGCGAGCGCACACCUCAGCUGAUCCAGAAGGAAGCAAGCCGUGCCUGCCCGACUGUGCUGCUCAGCAUCGAUGACACGGAUCCGGUGGUGCUGCCCCCCCUGUGGGAGGCCGUCCUGCACGUCCUCUCCAGCAUCCCGGACUGCUGGACACAUGUGAAUGCCCGAAAGGGGGUGCUGCCCAAGCUUUGGCAGCUGUUGAAGGAAGGGGGCCGAGGUCUCGCCACUGUCCUCCAUCCCAACCUGCUCCCGUUCAUCAGUAAAUUACCACAGGAGGUCACUGACCCCAAACUGGAGUUCUACAACACGUUCUUCACCUCCAUCAUUCUGGGGUUGUCGAGCGAACGCGCUGUGGCCAGUCCCUCCGAAAGCACAGCCAUCGUCUUUGCCACCGCGGAGUGCCUGCGCUUCUGCCUGCUGCAGAAUGCCGGCGAGGAUGAGGACAGCCGACGCAUCCAGAGCACUCUCAUCGUAGACCAGCUGUUGCCCCUGGUGGACAGUGCUGUGGGGAAUGCGUCGCUGCAGAACGGGCCUCUGUUCACCCAGGUCACGGACAUGCUGGUGUCCUGGGAGAAGCGGGCGGACGCUCCUGGCGAGGAAGCCGCCACCUUCCGCCGCCUGCUGACGGACUUCUGGGAGGGCCUCGGGCAGCUGUGCGUGCGCCACGUGGACCGGGAGGAGGCGGAGGAGGGCGCGCUGGCCGGGGUGGCCUCUCUGCUACGCGUCAUGCAGGACCCCAGGGCCGCGGCGGGGAGGCUGGGGCGGAAGAAGAAGGCGGCGAAGAUCUGCUUCUCCGACCUGGAGCGGAGCUCGCGGAAGGAGGCGGAGGAGACGGGGGAGGAGCAGCCGGGAGCGGAGGCGCAGGAAGCCGGAGAGAAGGGCGGGCCGUCCCCCGGGCCGCCGCUGAAGAGCGGACACCUGGUGGAGCUGGUGUGCCGCCUGGCGGAGCUUAACAUGGUCUACGUGAACGAGCGGGAUUCAGAGAAGCACCUGCGUUUCCUCUCCGUGCUGGUCAGCUCCUUCCCGUCCUGCCAGCUCUUCCAGGUGGUGCUGGACCCACAGGGGGAGAAGGGGGAGGGCAAUGUAGAGCUGGAAGAGCUGAAGGCCACCGGGGAGCAGGGGGAGGUCCUUGCUGAAAACCCAGCUGUCCGCUUCCUCCUGCAGAAGGUGGUGGUCUGGCUCAGGCAGGACCACAGGAAGGAGACGGACUUCCUGGUAAACAUGGUCUUUAGCACACUGCAUUGCUGCAGUGCCAAGGAGGAGAAGACCCUCAUCCUCAACCACAUCACCAAAAUGGAGCUCAAAUGGGGAGUUCUUCUUCACAUCAUACAAAAGGCGUGUGCAGACCCAGGAAGUCUGGAGGCCACCGCGGGCUGGCUGAAGGGGGCGGUCCUGGGGGAGAGGCUCGUGGGGCUGGCCAGGGAGCUGUGUGAGCUGGGACUGAGAGGCUUAGGUUCAACCGCGCCUACGCCCUCGUCAAAACACACCCACAGCUGGGCUCUCAUCAGCCUGGUGCUCUCACAACAACAUCACAAUGAGAGGUUAAUUGGCGAGGAGUAUGUGGAGAAAAUCAUCGACAAGCUCCAUGCCACCCUGUCCGAAGCCAAGAACCUGUCUGAUGCAGGCAACAUGGAGCCGCUGGUCUCCUUCAUCUGUGACGUAGCGUCCAACUUCUUUGCGUCUGUCAAAGGCUGCCUGCUUCUGGCCUCGGCCGAGGACCUGCUGCUGACCGUCUUCCAGCUCUUUGCCCAGGACCAGGAGGUCACUCGCCUGUCUGACUCCCUGCUCCAGAAGCUGAAACACGCCUGUUUUGCUGGUGUCCACUCAUUGGUCAGCCAUCCUGAGACAGACUUCACAGAGGGAACCUUCCUGCACAGUGCUGCCAUCUGGGUCAAAAAACAACUCCUUACAUCUUCCUUGGGGGUGAAGAGCCUGCAGGUCCUGGUGUCGGCCGUGCAGAGUCUGGUGGAAACCGUCCUCAGUGCCAGCCAGUGUGGCGGCCGCCUUCUGUCACGCUUCAUCGGCUGUCUGACCCCCAGCGGUGCGGAGUGGAAGAGAAUGAGACAGGCUCUGCCUCCACAGUGGGUGAAGUGUCCCUUGCUGUCAGGACGCCUCAGGGUGACCUGUGAUUACCCCUGCAUGGAUGUGUGGAAGUUCCGUGCAUCUGGCAAACUCCCUGCCCACCUGUGUGCCUCAGCACUCCUUGGAAAAGUUGUGCUUGCUGCCAUGGACUCGAGUGACCACCAGGGGGCAGACUCUCCGCAGCUCCCUGACAUGAAGCACACUGCAUCAGAAAUCCUCUUUGCCAUGCAGUGGUGUGAGGAGAUGGAGUACUCCCCAACAAUAGUGUCAGAGUACCACAGAAUUCUCCAGGAUUUCAACAUAACGGACGAUCGCAUAAGCAAAGAAACUGGAACCAGUUGUGACAUACUAGAAACGCUGUUUGCAAGGUCAUUGGAGGAGGGCUCUCUGUGGACAUUGACUCUCGCUAACUACAUCCAAAAAAGAGACAUCUCCAGCGAUGAUAUCAAGGAACUGUAUGGAAAUGUAGAGAGCUUCUUCCCUCUAACGGAACACGGCCUCAGCACCAUCCAGGUGCUCUGUCCAUGGCUGCCCAAGGAGGAGAAGGAGUCGCUCAUGGCUCUGUCCAUCUCAGAGCUCCUGAACUGGCAGGACACAGAGCAGGCUCACGACCACAGCGGGAUGGCGUGCCUUGCGGUUCUGCACUGUUGUUUGAGCACAGAGACCGCAACUGAAGAGGAUGUCCUCUUGGCUUGUGUCGCCACAAUGUUGGAAUGGCGCAACAGCAAAGAGGAACUGUUUCUUUUUAAUAGUGACCUGAAGAAGGCAUCAGCUGGGCUGCUGUCUCUGAAUGUGGAGAUGAUGCGUUUCCUGUCCUGGCUGGUGGCACAUUCUUCAUCAGUUCUCCAGGAUACACACUGGGACUUUCUCCUGUGCUCAAUGCUAGCUUGGCUAGAGACUGCCAGUGAGAACACUGCUACCUUCUGGAAUCCCUGGGUGCAGUUGUUUGUGUGUCAGAACUGUGAGCUGAUCGUGACGCUGAGCGAGUUCUUCUCAGCGCCCCCUGCAGGUACGGCUGACCUCCUACCACCUGAGCUGCGCGGUGAGUGGGAAGAGUUUUUCGUUGAGGGGAUACACAGUCGGCUUCUUCCUCUGCUGGUCAAAGUCACAGAAGAAUACACUGAGCCAGACGACCCGCUAUUCCCCCUCUCUGUGCUGCGUUCCAUGGGUGAGGCGCUGCGUUACAUCCCGGUCCAGCUGCUCAACCAGAACAAGCUUCCUCCUAAAUUUGUGGCGGGCCAGAAGACCAACCUCCCUGAUCAGCUGCAGACCCUUCUGAACACCCUCACCCCACUGCUGCUGUUCAAAGCGAGGCCUGUCCAGCUCACCGCCUUCCACGUCCUCAGCAAGGUGAUGCCCCAUUUACCGGAGUGUGAUGGAGAAGGUGACAAUGCCAAGGGUGAUGAUGACGAUGGCGAAGAACCAUGUCUGUCACCCCCUGCUGCCCUGAUGUCCAUCCUGGCCACCACAGAGGAGCUGCUGGACAACAUUCUGGGGGGUGUGCAGGUGGGAGAGUUCGCUGUGGUCCAGCCCCUUAGUGAUGAGUACUGCUGCAUCCUGGGAUACCUGCUGACCUGGAAGCUGGUCCUGACCUUUUUCAAGGCCUCCUCCUCCCAUCUGCGUGUUCAGUACUCUCUGUACCUACGGAAGAGCCGCUCUCUGCACAAGCUGCUCCUUCACCUCUUCCGCCUCAUGCCGGAGAACCCCAUGCUCCCAGGACAGGCGGUCGAGUCCGGGGCCAAAGACGCCAGAACCUUCUUCACAGAGGACCUGUCCCUGUCUGUGUGCAAAAGGGACGGCCUGCAGUGGGAGGUGCCCCACCUGGCCUGCUCGGUGUACUACAGCGCGCUGAAGGACCUGCCGGCCAUGGUGAGGCUGUGGUGGAACGGGCAGGAGAAGCGAGUCUUCAACACCGUGGACAAAUUCACCAGCAAGUACGUGAGCGGCGUGCUGUCCUCCCAGGAGAUCGCCUCCGUCCACACCAGCACGCAGACCUUCGAGAGCAUGAUGGUAAAAGCCCGCUCCGCCACUCGAGAGGUGAUUGCCACAUAUUCGGUGGAUGACAUCUUCAUCGAGCUGGUGAUCCAGCUGCCGCACAACUACCCGCUGGGGUCCAUAUCAGUCGAGAGCGGACGGCGUGUGGGCGUGGCCGUGCAGCAGUGGCGCAAUUGGAUGCUGCAGCUCAGCACAUACCUGACACACCAGAAUGGCAGUAUUAUGGAGGGGUUGGCGCUGUGGAAGAACAAUGUAGACAAGCGCUUCGAGGGCGUGGAGGACUGCAUGAUCUGCUUCUCUGUCAUCCAUGGCUCCAACUACUCCCUGCCAAAGAAGGCCUGCCGCACCUGCAAAAAGAAGUUCCACUCUGCCUGUCUGUACAAAUGGUUCACUUCAAGCAACAAGUCAACGUGCCCCCUGUGCAGAGAGACCUUCUUCUAAGAGCUUUAACCUGGGACGCAAAUGGGAGAGAGAGGUGUUUGUAUAUUUGUGCAUCAUUUGCAUUCUGUACCUUGGGUGCCAGGCACAGCCAUUGCAUUCUGUGCUGCCCUUUUGUCAUAUGAAAGAUAGCCUUUCUACCUUAUGGAAUGAUAAAGCAGUGAGAUAAUUGGGCUUGAUGUAUCACCAUGUGAAAUGCCUGUUAAAGGACAAAUCAGCAGCAUCCGCGAGAGAGGACACGCGUUGAAGCAGGACGGGAAAACUUCACACCAUGAGGCUGCCGUGAAGGCAGCUGUCUGCCGAAAGUUCAGGUGUAGAUUGGCCUUGCCAGAAUGUAAUAUGUCCCCUUUCACUCUAUAAAUAAAUGCGGGGACCAGUCGAAUCAUCUAUGCACCUCAAUUAGACGAAGUCUGGAUCCUGUCAUAAGGUUGGCGCAUUGUCAUUUCAGGAUAAAACCAGAGCAGCAGCAGCACAAUCAUUUGAAUCCUCACGGCUUAUACAGACUGUGGAGAGAAGACGGGCUGCUAACCUCUCAAGCAGGAGAAUAUAUUUGAGAAUGAACCUUUUUAAAAUGUGUUUUCAUACAUUUUUUUCCCCUGAACAUCCCACACAGUGUGCAUUCUUGUCCUGUUACCCCCAACCCCCCCCCAACCC